GCACUGGGCAGAUGGACCUUGGACAGCGCCGAGGGCAGCGGGAAGGAAACGGACAGGAAGGGGCCCAACGGCUCCGUGAGGGUUCUCAUCGGGGUGGAGGACUUCGUCCUCUCAUAUGAUCAAAGUAGGACCGCGAACAAAUUGGAGAUGUGGGGCAAGGACGUGGCCAGGCCCACGGAGGAGCGGCUGCAGCGCUACGAGGGUGAGCUGGAGGACGUGGACACCUGGAGCUCGUCCCUGCACGCGAACACGAUGGGCUCGGCCGCUGCGGACUCGAUCCUCCGCGGCGGGCGAUCGCGGCCGCCGACGCCCCCUGUUCCAGACCAGGACCCGAGCGGCAGAUCGGAUUGCAGAGGGAGGUCCAGGAGUAGGUCGGAUGUCAGGUCCAGGUAUCAGCCGAGCCCGCCCGCGUCCACGAUCGGCGAUGACAGGUCGUACCGUGGCAAGGACAAGUCUGGUGGCAAGAGGAAGCGCAAGGCCAAGGGCAAGAGCUUCGCGGACAUCGCCGCCACCACAUUCGCGAAGUUCCAGCGGAAGCUGUCCAAGAUGGGCGGCGAUUGGGCGGCGAUGAUUGACCAGUCGAGCCAGAUCAUGAAGGACGCCAUGCCAGAGAUGGCGAGCGCAGGCGUUGCAUUGCUGGUGCAGAACCUGGUGUACAAAGGUACGGUGUGCCAGGCCGUGUUCUCGGAGGCGGGCAAGCGGAUCUUCUACCCCUCCCUGGGCGAGGUGAUGGGCGCGUCCGAGUCCCAGGGGAUGGCCGACUUGACCGAGUUGACCGCCCGCAGGUUCGAUGCCGACGCGGGGAAAGCAGAGCAGAUCAAG